AUGCACUUGGGCUCCAUGUCGACACCAGGCUAUUCUGGAGCCUGCGAUAUCUUACCCUACCGAACUCACUGCUACAUCCCAGUGACUCCCUCUGUUCCUCUUCGCUCCAAUGAUGUAAGCCCUGCCUUUGGACAUUGCUUACCCAGUAGCUACCAAGGAAAUCUCUGGCUCCUGGAUUACUGCCAAGAAUCCUACUGUGACCCGCUGAACUGUGAAUCUCCCAACUGUGAACCCAAGACCUGCACCACAAGUUGUGAUCCACCAAAUUCCUGUGUACCCUGCAACUCCCCAUCAGCGGGCCAAGUCUUCAGUGUCUGUGAAACUACCAACAUCAGACCCCGCCCCAGCUGCAGCCCAUGCACUCAGACCAAGGGGUAUGUAUCCAAUUGCUACAAACCCACUGGAUUUGCAUCCAAAGCCUGCCAGACCCUUUGCAGUGGUUCCAAUUGCUUUGGGCAAUUUAAUUAUUCAUCCAAGAGGCUCCAGUCUCUAAACCACUGCAGACUGGGUAGUUUGGGAUAUAGAAGCUACCAAAAUCUUGGCUUCAUACCCAGCAGCUUCUCACCAUCAUGUUAUAUUGCCAGAAGCUUCCAACCACAAAGCUAUUUAAUGAGAAAUUGCCAAUAUUCGAGGUAUGGACCUAUGAGCUGCUGGCCGCUGGGCUAUUUAUCUAGAAACUGCCGGUCUCUGAGCUAUAUACCCAGUACCUUUCCACCUAUGAGGUAUUUAUGCAGUGGCAGCAGGCCUCUGAGUUGCUAUUGA